GGCCUCGGCAGCGUCGCCAUGAGCUCCAGCGGGACGCUGAGCAUCCUGCGCAGCGACUCCUACGCCGAACUCAGCCAGUACCGGGACCAGCAUUUCCGGGGUACGCGGUACGACCAGGAGCGGCUGCUGAGGAAGAGCUGCACCCUGUACGUGGGGAACCUCUCCUUCUACACCACGGAGGAGCAGAUCCACGAACUCUUCGGCAAAAGCGGCGACAUCAAGAAGGUCAUCAUGGGGCUGGACAAAGUGAAGAAAACCGCCUGCGGCUUCUGCUUCGUGGAGUAUUAUGCCAGAGGAGAUGCUGAAAAUGCAAUGCGAUACAUCAACGGGACCAGACUUGAUGACAGGAUCAUAAGGACAGACUGGGAUGCAGGAUUUAAGGAGGGUAGGCAGUAUGGCCGUGGAAGAUCAGGGGGGCAGGUCCGAGAUGAGUAUCGGCAAGACUAUGAUGCUGGAAGAGGUGGCUAUGGCAAAACUGUUCAGUGCCAGUGACUCCUCGGCUUCACAAGAGAACCGAAUCUGCAUUCUAAAUGUCCCCAGGCACAAAGUAGAUCUUUUGCACACAAUUCACAGAAACUCCUAUCCAUGUUCCUGUGAGCAUCCUAUGUUCAAUACCUCUUCUGUUUUAACACCAGGAUCCAAAGCAUUGCAGAGGACCUAGGAGCCAGGCUUUAAGCUUUGGAAUGCUGAGGCUUUGGUCUCGAAAUGCUGCUAUAACUUACUGAAAGGAGUGCAGAUGUAACAUUAUGGUGCUUUUUUUUUUCCCUGGCAAAACUUGAUUAUUCUACUGGGUUUUGUUUACAUUGGUAUCCCAGGGUGGAGAGCAGUGAUAAAGGAUGAUUGGUGGAUUUUUCACAGGUGAAAGCAAAAGGCAAAGAGCCUGAAAGUGGAAUUUCUAGGGAAAUUUUUCAGUUUCUAGGAAGACUUUUAAGUUGCAGAUUUUCUGGGGUUACUGAAUUAGCAUCUUUUUCUACUGGUGCUGUUCCUAGAAUAUUUACAUGAACAGCCAUAAUAAAACAAAUCAGAUUGAAUUCAGGAGUCAUGAAGUUGAAAACCAGCUGAGCAGAGAGCAGGAAAUAGACCUCUGCUGUCUUCUACAAAGUGUCGUUGUGAUUGCAUGACAGAAGAGCAAAUGCAAGAAUUACAGUGCUAUUAUUUCACAGUUUGAGUAUUAGUGUUUUGCCCUAUCUGUUAUUCUCUACAACCUUAAUAUUUGAGGACAGUAUCUUCCCUGUGCCUGUAAGGGUUGCAUGAAUCCAAGUUACCCCCCAAAUGGGAUGUUUAUGGAAUUGGGUUUAUAAUGAGAAAGUUUCUUCCCAAAAUAGGUUUUCUAUUUGAGAAACACGUGACAAGAAUGGUAAAAGAAUUUCAGGAUUGCGUAGCUUGUUGUGUUUUUCUCUUUCCCUGCUGGGUCCUAUUCAUACUGCUUGUUGGUGUGUUGGAAUUUGGAUAUAUUGCAGACAUAGGUUUAAAAAAUAUGAUCCCAAGAUCAAUAAAAUUUAUCUGAUGAAACGAAAUAGUUUAAAAAGAACUGUUACAGGGCUUUGGAAUAUCUUCAUGGAUUUCUGAGUUCAAUGUAAAUAUCAAUUCCUAAAGCUUUGUGUAAAUGCCUUGUUGUCCAUGACUCCUUAUAAGCUUUCAGAGGUGUACAAAAGUUGAUCUUUACUCACUGAAGGUAUUGUAGGAAACCUUGAUGUGUUUCUUGCAUACAGUUCAUCACAACUGUUACUGUAAAUUGGAAGACAAGUAAGAUUGAACAACUCCUUACUUAGGAAGUGUGGGUUUGAUGGUUUUUGUCAUGUAGACUAAAGCUAGACUUUUGAGAUCAUUUGGUGCUGGUCUGCAAAUAAGAUUUAAACAAAGCUACAUUUUCCAAUAUAGUACAUUUGAUUAUUAUGAGUUUACAGCCUGUAAUCUACUGUAGAACACUGCUGAAGUUUAUUUUUCAUUGUAUCAAUUUUGUAUAAAAAAUGUUACCAAAAACUCUAAAGUCACUUUCUUUUAAAUAAAGCUUUUAAAUAAAGCAACAUUAAAA